GUAUUCACUUGAUCUUCAAGGUAGAACAACGCAAGUAGAAAUCUAAAACAUGUCUGGACGUGGUAAGGGAGGCAAAGUUAAGGGAAAAGCAAAGUCCCGAUCAAAUCGUGCUGGUUUACAAUUUCCUGUAGGUCGUAUUCAUCGUUUAUUGAGAAAAGGAAAUUAUGCCGAAAGAGUUGGUGCUGGAGCUCCUGUAUACUUGGCAGCUGUUAUGGAAUAUUUAGCUGCUGAAGUUUUGGAAUUGGCAGGAAAUGCAGCUAGAGAUAACAAGAAGACCCGUAUAAUUCCUAGACAUUUACAAUUGGCCAUAAGAAAUGACGAGGAAUUGAACAAAUUACUGUCAGGAGUUACCAUCGCCCAAGGUGGAGUAUUGCCUAAUAUACUUUUACCUAAGAAUACCGAAAAAAAGCUUCAAAUAUUAACAAGAGUAAAAUCCUGUAUAAAAGGUUUUAUUAUCAAUUUUGAUAGUGGUGUAGUGGUUUAUAAGGGUUAA